UGACUUCCAUACAAAAGUUCCUAGCUUCUUGGGGUUUAUUUUCGUUGGACAAAUUUUGGGCGGAGUAAAAUCUUUCGCCUCGCCUCUUCCUCUACCCAGACAACGGAUAGCCAAUCGCAUCAUCAAUCCAAGCAAUCAUGUUGAGCCAACACUUCCGCUUUCUUCUACGCUACGGAAAAGUGUUGUCGGUAGCUAGGUAAACAACAUGGCUGCGGGAUCCAGCGGUGCAGGCAUCGAGCUACAGAAAGAGUUGAUUUGUGCCAUCUGUCUUGACUACUUCAACGACCCGGUCAUUCUCAAAUGCGGACACAAUUUCUGCAAGUUUUGCAUCCUGAUGCAUUGGGAGGAGAACGGAGGAGAGGACGUCGGUUAUCAAUGCCCCGAGUGCCGAAUGAUAUUUAACAAGAUCAGCUUCACCAAGAACUACCUGGUUAAGAACCUUGUUGAUAAGCUGAGUGGGUUGGAGUGUCUGAAGCCCUGUGAGCAGCCGGCUCCGUCCAAGCGUGUCCAGAUAGAUGGGAAAUGUGACAGGCAUGGAGAGGAGCUGAAGCUCUAUUGUCACACCGACAACAAACCCAUCUGUGUGGUGUGUAGGGAGUCCCGGGAACACAGACACCAUGAUGUGGCUCCUGUUCCAGAGGUCCUUGAGGAUAUGAAGAGCGAACUGCGUCUGAGGCUGGUGGAAUUAACAUGGCAGAAGACUGUGUGUACCAGAGUGAAGGCUAUGGAUGAGCAGACCAAGAAUGAAGCCAAGUUAAAGAAGCUGAAGCUGAAGGAGAAGAUUGAAGAGGACGUGGGAUCUCUAGUCCAGUUCCUGUUGGAUGAGAAGGACGACCUACUGGAGGCUCUGGAUGCUGAGGAGGGGACUGUCAUAGGGAUGAUAGAUGACAACCUGAGGUGGGUGGAGACCGAGGUGGUAGCUGUGGACAAACACAUGGCCCAGAUACACAACCACAUCAGAGGAAACACCAGCUUCGAGAGCAUCACUGAGACAUACAAAAACCCUCUAAAGGUGAGCCCUCUCAUCUCAUCUGUUAACUGUUCUGGUGACUGGAUGAAUGACUUCUCCGGACCCCAUCAGCUGAUCUUGUGGAAAAGGAUGAUGCACGUGUUGCACACCAUGCCCCAGAACCUGACCCUGGACCCAGACACGGCUCACCCUAACCUGGCCAUCACAGACUUCGACACCAAGGUAGAGGAGGUGCGUACCCGUAGCCAGGAACCAGACCUGCCUCAGCGCUUCACUCGCUUCUGUGGCAUUCUGGCCACCGCGCAAUACUCCAGUGGACAACACUACUGGGAGGUGGAUGUGAAGGACAAGGGCGUAUGGUACCUGGGGGUGACAGGGGAGUACAGUCCCAGGAAGGGUUUCGUCAACCUGUGUCCAUCCUCCGGCUACUGGAGCCUCAGUCUGCAGGACAGGCUAUAUGCUAACGAGGAGGAUGCCAAGAUACCUCUGGCCGACUACUGGAACUCCCCGAGGGUGGGCGUGUACCUGGACUACGACGCAGGACGCGUGUCCUUCUACGACGCAGUCACCAUGAAGAAGUUGUACAUGUUUGAGGCGUACUUCGAAGAGCCGGUAUCUCCUUUCUUCAGCCCAGGGAAGAACGAUCCUGGGAGCAGACUGCAGAUCUGUCAUUACUACUGAGAUGGCGGGGGGAGGGGAGGUGCCUGGGUAGAAGAUUAGGCCUACAGCCAAUUCUGAGUGUGUGUGGCUACUCAUUACAGAUUCACUCUUGAUGACAGCAAGGAGUGUGUGUGUGUGUGUGUGUGUGUGUGUGUGUGUGUGUGUGUGUGUGCCUGGGUAGAAGAUGAGGCCUAUAGCCAACCUUGAGAGUGAGUGUGUGUGUGGCUACUCAUUCGAGAUCCACGAUUGAUGAUCAACCAUUCCAGCUGUGGCUUUGUGCCCGAGCCCCUGGAGUGUUCUAGAAUGUUACUAAUUCUACUGUGGCUUUGUGCCAGAGCCCCUGGAGUGUUCUAGAACAGUACUGAUUCUACUGUGGCUUUGUGCCAGUGCCCCUGGAGUGUUCUAGAAUAGUAUGGAUUCUACUGUGGCUUUGUGCCAGUGCCCCUGGAGUGUUCUAGAAUGGUACUGAUUCUGUGGCUUUGUGCCAUAGCCCCUGGAUUGUUCUAGAAUGGUACUGAUUCUGUGGCUUUGUGCCCAAGGCCCUGGAGUGUUCUAGAACGGUACUGAUUCUACUGUGGUGGGGGUUCCAGAGUGUCUUGUUCAAUUGUGAUUGUAGAAUUUCUAAAAUGGAAACAUUUAAAAUGAAAGACUCCCUUGGUGGUUGUGUGUGGCACCACAGGGACUCGUUGUGACUGAUGCAUGACAUCACGUUGGCAAGACAGUUGCCUUUCUCCUAAAGGACACCAAGACACGGCCUUGCGCCGUUGGUCAGCUGCAGAGUGUGACCGUUUCAACGUGUUGAAUCGUCUGCAAUGUGAAAAUGACAGCCAAUAUCCUGGUCAGAAGAGAUGCCCCCAUCUGGUUCUAACCACUGGACUUUACGGUGUGGUCUGACCCCGCCGGACUUUACGGUGUGGUCUGACCCCGCCGGACUUCACGGUGUGGUCUGACCCCGCCGGACUUCACGGUGUGGUCUGACCCCGCCGGACUUCACGGUGUGGUCUGACCCCGCCGGACUUCACGGUGUGGUCUGACCCCGCCGGACUUCACGGUGUGGUCUGACCCCGCCGGACUUCACGGUGUGGUCUGACCCCGCCGGACUUCACGGUGUGGUCUGACCCCGCCGGACUUCACGGUGUGGUCUGACCCCGCCGGACUUCACGGUGUGGUCUGACCCCGCCGGACUUCACGGUGUGGUCUGACCUCUAAAAGCUGUGAUAGGAAGUGCAUGCAUCUCAUAUGGCACCCUAUUCCCUAUAAAGUGCACUACCGGGGUCCAUAGGACUCUGGUAGAAAGUAGUGCACCAUAUUUAUUUAUUUGUUUUCCCUUUUAUUUAACUAGGCAAGUCAGUUAAGAACAAAUUCUUAUUUUCAUUGACGCCUAGGAACAGUGGGUUAACUGCCUGUUCAGGGGCAGAACGACCUUGUCAGCUCGGGGGUUUGAACUUGCAACCUUCCGGUUACUAGUCCAACGCUCUAACCACUAGGCUACCCUGCCGCCCCAUAUAAGGGAAUAGAGAUUGUGGUCAUACUGUACCAUAGUAGUGGACAUAACAGCACUUCAGUCACGCCUGUUCCUACAGACAGUCAUUAGAGGUGUUAGUACCCUACUACAGACACGGCACGUGUCCCCAAUAGCACUCUGUACCAUAUACAGUGUACCACUUUGGUCAAAAUCAGAUCACUAUAUAGGACAGGGAUUCCCAAACUCAAUACUCGGGUGCACAUUUUCGUUUGUUGUUGUUGAGAAGUGCUGUUAUGUCCACUACUAUGGUAAGUAUGACCACAUACCCUAUUCUCUUUUUAUAUGGGGCACUACUUUCUACCAGACUCCUAUGGACCCUGGGUCAAAUCAAAUUUGAUUUGUCACAUACACAUGGUUAGCAGAUGUUAAUGGUCACAUGGUUAGCAGAUGUUAAUACGAGUGUAGCGAAAUGCUUGUGCUUCUAGUUCUGACAAUGCAGUAAUAACCAACGAGUAAUCUAACCUAACAAUUCCAAAACUACUGUCUUAUACACACAAGUGUAAGGGGAUAAAGAAUAUGUACAUAAAGAUAUAUGAAUGAGUGAUGGUACAGAGCGGCAUAGGCAAGAUACAGUAGAUGGUAUCGAGUACAGUAUAUACAUAUGAGAUGAGUAUGUAAACAAAGUGGCAUAGUUAAAGUGGCUAGUGAUAUAUGUAUUACAUAAAGAUGCAGUAGAUGAUAUAGAGUACAGUAUAUACGUAUACAUAUGAGAUGAAUAAUGUAGAGUAUGUAAACAUUAUAUUAGGUAGCAUUGUUUAAAGUGGCUAGUGAUAUAUUUUACAUUUCCCAUCAAUUCCCCUUAUUAAAGUGGCUGGAGUUGAGUGCGUUGGCAGCAGCCACUCAAUGUUAGUGGUGGCUGUUUAACAGUCUGAUGGCCUUGAGAUAGAAGCUGUUUUUCAGUCUCUCUGUCCCAGCUUUGAUGCACCUGUACUGACCUCUCCUUCUGGAUGAUAGCGGGGUGAACAGGCAGUGGCUCGGGUGGUUGUUGUCCUUGAUGAUCUUAAUGGCCUUCCUGUAACAUCGGGUGGUGUAGGUGUCCUGGAGGGCAGGUAGUUUGCCCCCGGUGAUGCGUUGUGCAGACCUCACUACCCUCUGGAGAGCCUUACGAUUGUGGGCGGAGCAGUUGCCGUACCAGGCGGUGAUACAGCCUGCCAGGAUGCUCUCGAUUGUGCAUCUGUAGAAGUUUGUGAGUGCUUUUGGUGACAAGCUGAAUUUCUUCAGCCUCCUGAGGUUGAAGAGGCGCUGCUGCGCCUUCUUCACGAUGCUGUCCGUGUGGGUGGACCAAUUCAGUUUGUCUGUGAUGUGUAUGCCGAGGAACUUAACCUCUUCAGUCGACCCUCUACUUUUUUGAACAUUUUGUUAAAAAUCGCGCAACAUUUCAGCGCCCUGCUACUCAUGCCAGGAAUAUAGUACGUUCAUAUGGUUAGAAUGUGUGGAUAGGAAACCCUCGGACGUUUUUAAAACUGGUUAAAUCACGACUGUGGCUAUUACAUAACGUGCGUUACAUCGGAAAGCGCUGGAAAACCUGAUCACAGAAAAUGGAAAUAAAUAUCCUUGCGCCACUUCCAGCAAUUGUUAACAGUGAGCCGAAUUAGAUAAGACCGAGCAUUCAACUCCCACAGCAUCCCCAUGUUGUCUAGAGUCUUGUGAAUUGAAUCAUCUUUAAUUCUUGGUUGAACCGAAACAGGGGCACCACUUACCUCCGGUCUCCGCCCAGAUCAUUCCGGAAGAGCUCUCUCCUGAAAUUUUUUCCAAGACGACAGCUAAUGAUAUUUACAUCGCCUACGGAUGAUUUUUAUCGCUUAUUAACGUUUACUAAUACCUAAAG